GUAUGCUGUGACAACUGACACUUGGGAGACAUUUGUAGUAAGUCCGUAUUUAGACUGCAAUUUUUCUAAAAUCACAUCUGCACAAGACUUGAUUUAACUGAAUGAUCAUCUUAUUACAAUAAGUAACACCUUUUCUCUAAGUUACGAGAGAAUUAGCACGUCGUAAUGGUGUUUUUAACAAUUGCCAAUUUGAUAAGAGCCCGCGGGCCAGAUGAAUUUUGGAGGAAGAGGAAAAUUUUUAGGUUAGCUGCACAUUUUAUUGGACGUCGCAGAAAUUGCUACUCAGUUGCAGUCCGCAACGUACAUCAUGCAUUAACAUAUGCUACAAAGGCUCGACGAUUAAAGAAGCAAGAUAUGAAAGAUCUCUGGGACACCAGAAUAACAGCAGCAUGUGAACAACACAACAUUACAGCAUUUUCUAUGAGAGAGGGUUUGGAACGGGCAAAUAUUAUGUUAGAUCGGAAGUCAUUGUCUGACUUAGCAGCUUGGGAACCAAAAACAUUUGAAUGUUUAGCUGCAGUUGCCAGUCAAAAACUUUACCUUGAUGGCUUCAUUGAUGGCACAGACAAGAAAGCACCUACAGGAAAGCCUUUGGACCUUAACAAUGUUAUUUUAGAUGAUUGGCUUAAAGAAAAGAAAUAGCUCUUUUAUGUCUAUAUUAAUGUAUUAUACAAUAAAUAGUUUUAGUCUA